AAUUCUUGUAUCUUAAGAUGAUAACGAUAAUAAUAAUCAUAUUGAUAACGUUCUUAUUAUUGUUAUUUGUUAUUGACCAUAGUGACUACUACAAGAGAACUCGCGCUCAGAGACCAGAGUAUACCUAUAACUUGCUGGCAAGUGGCUACAAACUACGAAGUUGUAGUUAGUACUAUAACUAUACCUAAUAGGUAGUUUAAAUAACGUUUUUAGAUAUCAAUCGUUCGCUGGCCUCAAGUACUAUUUGUGAUUUUACUUUUCAAGUUAAAUGAGUUAAUACGUUCUGGCGUUCCAUUUUAGUAGAUCAUAAACUGUAGACGGUCCAUCUGUAUAAAGGCAUGGCUGGCAAGUCGACGGAACCUGAAUCGCCGAAGAAGAAUGAAAACUUCGACAAAUUUUAUACGGAAGUAAAAGAAAUCGAAAAACGUGAUUCUGUGUUGACGUCUAAACAACAGAUUGAUAGGCUUCUACGCCCUGGAGCCUCAUAUUUCAACCUUAAUCCAUAUGAAGUACUUCAGCUAGACGAUGAUACACCUUUGGAUGAGGCAAAGAAAAAAUAUAAAAGAUUGUCUAUUUUGGUGCAUCCAGAUAAGAACCAAGAUGAUUUAGAAAGAGCAAACAAUGCUUUUGAGACUGUUAACCGCGCAUGGAGGACAAUUGAUAAUGAUGAAUCUCGAAAAAAAUGUCUGGAGAUCAUACAGGAAGCUAAGGAUAUGACUGAAUUCAUGGUUGUAGAGAAACGUAAAAAAUUGAAAAAAGAAGGCAAAGAUACAAAAGUUGAAGAAGAUGACCCAUCUGUUAUGAAACGUAGUAUUUAUGUUCAAACGUGUAAAUUAUUUGCUGAUCUAGAACGCAAAAGAAAAGAUCAUGAAGCAAGAGAAUUACAAGAAAGAAAGCGGAAACGGGAACAAGAAAUAGAUGAAGAACAAAAAGCAACUGUGUCAAAAGAAUGGCAAAAAAACUUUGAUGAGUCAAGAGAAAGCAGAGUAAACAGUUGGAAAGCAUUUCAGGAAUCAACCAAAAAAUCAAGCAAAAAAAUCAAAAUUUUUAAGCCUCCUAAACACAAAGCAGAAUCAAGAUAAAAAGUUUAGUAACAUUAUAGGCUCCAUGUUUUUCAGUUGUAUACAUAAAUGUGUAUCACGUUGUAAAAUAAAAGUUUUUUCAUAAAAC